CUACGACCUUGCAACUAAUUUAACUACAUUAGAGCGUCUGCGGGAUGCAUGUUGAAUUAAUGAACUUGGAGAAUGCUGGUCUCCAGGACCGUGUUAUAGAUUUGGAAAAACGAAGUGCUGAACAAGCCAAUGAACUAGCUUGUCUAAGAAGCUCUUUGGCUGAUUGUCUACGUCGCUUAAAUCUUUUGGAAAGUGCUAGAGGUAUGAAAUUGCAUUCUUCUUCUCAAAGACCAGUUUUGCACAAUAAUGGCUCCAAUGCGACUAAAACUAAUUCACGUACUGACUCAUCUUAUUCAUCAAGACGACAUACAAAUUCUCGUAAUCCUACUUCUACUGGACAUCAAUCAAAAAAUUCACGUGACAGUUCAUUAGUUGUUCCACAUUCUACAACAACGAGUACAACAGCAAAAACUCGUUUAAAAAGUCCUCAAAGUGUUCGAUUAAGUUCAUCAUCAACUACUUUAAAUAAUCAAGCGGUUGGUGUUAGCGGUGGAACAAAUCAAACAAGACGAAAUCGGAUUACUAGCGCUAGUUCAGAGGAUAGACAAUUUAAUAAUUUCAAUAAUAAUAAACAUGAAGGUGACAAUAAAACUUUAUCUAUGUAUGAAUAUAAUGAUAUGAUAAUGUCACGACAAAGUGAACCCAUUACUUACCAACAAAAAUCAUCCACUUUAAAAUCGAAUACAUCUUCACGAUAUUAUGAAGCUUCUAAUGGACCAUCUGGUUAUACAGUAUUUUGGAGAUCAGCUUAUGAUGGUGAAUUAGAUGAUAUAUAUCGAAUGAAUCAUUGUCAAAGUCCUACAAGUCAACAACAUUCUGUAUCUAUGUCUUCAUCAUUUCGAAAAAAUCAUACAGUUGCUCCACCUCCACCACCACCACCUGCUCUCCCACCAUCAUCUUUAUGUAUACCGCCAAAUCUUGUUCGUCGUGGUCGUCCAUCCUCUGGACCAUCUUCUUCAAUAUAUUAUUGUGCUAAUGAUUCAGAUGAUCGUUCUGUACAUUUAACAUCAACUGGUCGUUCUCUUCAUCCUACUGCUUGGAAACCUGGUGGAGUAGCAAUAUGUCCUACAAAUCGAGAAACGAUUCCAUCAGUGAAUAAACCAUCAUGUAUACCCAAAUUUCAUGAUGAUGACUCCAAGGAAACUACUUAUUUACCAGGUGAUGGAAUUCUACGAUUUUAUAUUCGUGGACGUCCAGUCAAUGUUUAUAUGCCUACGCAAAUUAUGCAUAAUUAUGAUUUGUCAAUUCCACUGAAAGCACCGGAUAUGACAUUGAAAUUGGAAUGGAUUUAUGGUUAUCGUGGGCGAGACUGUCGAAAUAAUUUACAUUAUCUUCCAACUGGAGAGUUAAUUUAUUUUGUUGCAGCUGUUGUAGUAUUGUAUAAUAUUGAAGAGCAAUGUCAAAGACAUUAUUUGGAACAUACUGAUGAUGUAAAAUGCAUUGCUAUCCAUCCUGAUCGUAUUACUGUGGCUACUGGUCAGUCUGCAGGACAUGAUAAACAGUUUGGAAAACCACAUGUACGAAUUUGGAGUUCAGUCGAUUUGAAAACACUGAAAAUUAUUGGUUUAGGCGAAUUUGAACGUUCAGUUUGUUGUUUGUCUUUUUCAAAAACGGAUAGCGGAGUUAAAUUAUGUGCAGUUGACGAAGCUACAGAUCAUGUGAUUUCAAUAUGGGAUUGGCAGAAAAGUCGCAAAAUAACGGAGACUAAAUGUUCCACAGAACCAAUAACAGCUGUUGAAUUUCAUCCAUUAGAUGAUGCAACCCUUGUAACUGGUGGUAAAGGUCAUUUAGCAUUUUGGACAUUUGAUGGAUGUACACUAAGUAAAAAGAUGGGAAUAUUUGAAAAUGGUAAACAGCCAAUCGAUAAACCGAAAUUUAUACUUUGUUUAACAUUUGCUGAAAAUGGUGAUCUGCUGACUGGUGAUUCUGCUGGGAAUAUUAUUGCAUGGAAACGAGGUACAAAUACAGUGAAUCAAAUAUGUCAAGGUGUACAUGAAGGCGGUAUAUUUUCAUUAUGUUUAACAAAUAAUGGACAUCUUAUAUCUGGUGGUGGGAAAGAUCGUCGUUUAGUAUUCUUUGAUGCUGCUCUUAAUCCAACUGGUCAUACGGAAGAAUUAACUGAAUUAUAUGGUGCUGUAAGAACUAUUACACAAGGUCCUGGAGAAUUAUUAAUUGUUGGCACAACAAAGAAUAUGAUACUACAGGCUGGUCCUGGUAUGGAAAUAAGUCCUUUAAUGUUUGGUCAUUCUGAAGAAUUUUGGAGUCUUGCUAAACAUCCACAAGCUCAUCAAUUUUUAACUGGUGGACGUGAUCAUUUAGUAAUUCUAUGGGAUUCAUUAUCAAAACAAGCUAUUUGGUCAAAAGAAUUCACUGAUGCUAUACAUUGUGCUGCAUUCUAUCCACUUCAAUCAGUUUUAAUAACAAAUGGGACUAUGAGUCCAGUUAAUAAUAAUGAUAAUAAUAUAAUUGAUGAAACAAAUAAUUUAGAUUUCAAUGUGUCAAUGAUGAAUUCACAUGAUUUAUUAGUAGUAUUAGGCACAAGUACGGGACGUUGGUUAGUAUUCAAUUGUUUAAAACAAGAAAUAAUUGCUGCACAUUCCGAUGGACUUGGUGAACAGAUCGAAUGUGUUGCAUAUUCACCUGAUGGAAAUUACUUAGCUCUUGGUUCACGAGAUAAUGUUAUUUAUGUAUAUAAUGUGUUAGAACGUGGCUACAAAUAUAAUCGUGUUGGACGAUGCUGCGGUCAUAGUAGUUUUAUCCUGCAUAUUGAUUGGUCUGUAGAUGGGCGAUUUUUACGUUCUGUAUCAGGAGAUUAUGAAAUACUGUUCUGGACUGCAUUUGAUUGUAGACAAGUUGUCUCACCUAGUACACUACGUGAUUUAGAAUGGGCUAGUCAAACAUGUACACUUGGUUGGGAAGUAGCUGGAAUUUGGCCAUCUGAUUCAGAUGGUACUGAUGUUAAUGCAUGUGAUCAUAGUCCAACUGCUGAUAUUUUAGCUACUGGAGAUGAUUAUGGAAAAGUUAAACUAUUCAAAUAUCCAGCUAAUAAACCAAAGGCUGAAUUUCGUGCUUAUAAUGGUCAUUCAAGUCAUGUGACAAAUGUAACAUUUUUAUAUGAUGGAUCUAGAUUAAUAUCUAUUGGGGGCAAAGAUACAGCUGUAUUACAAUGGGAAGUAUGUAUUUAACAUAUGAUAAAUACAUAUUCAUCAUUUAUUUAAUCAUUUUAUUAUUAUUCUUCUUCUUCUUCAAUAUUGUUCAUAGUUAUUAUUCUCAUUUUCUAUUCAUACUCUCAUCAUAUCAUCCAUCUACAACUCAAUGAUACGUUUGAAGGCAAUAAAAAUAAAGAAUCAUUCUAAUGUUGUCUGUACGCUUUUCUGAUGCCUUCAAAUUUAAAUGUAUUUGUCAUAAUCAUUCAUUAUUCAUAAAGUAUGAUCAUGUAUGUGUGCAAUACAUUUACAAUUACAAAAGAAUACCAUUUAGCAUAGUUAAUUUAUUGUUAUAGUCUAUAACCUCUCUUCUUAUUAAUAUUAUUACCAUGUUUGUUUUGCUAAUGUUACUAUUUCUCUCCAUCCCAACCCCCCUGAAAAACGCUUUUUUUUGGUUUUUUACAUAUUAUUAACUUGUUUAUUGAUUGAUUUAUUUUUUUUUUAAAAAAACUACAUCGUUUCCUCGUGUUUACUCACUUACCUACUUACUUACUUGUUUCUUCUCAUACUUAUGGAUGAUUUUUCUUCUUUGCUCAUUUUCUCUUUUUUCUUUCUUUCUUAUUUUGUCAUCAUUAGUGACAUUUUAAUCUUGCUAAUUUUUGGGUUAAGUUAUUGUCAAUUUUGUGUUUACAUGAAGCGAGUAUUAUUAUUAUUAUUAAAAUCCUUGUAUUUAUGAAGUCGAUUAUUUCUGUUUCCUUAAUUUUUACACUAAUGAUAUUUAUGUUAUUAAAAUGGGGAAAAAUCUUGGGGAUCGUGUAUACACACACAUACGCACAUACACACACAUAAAUACAUUGUCAAAACUACAUAUUACACUCAAUGUGUUGACUGUUAUAUUGACUUCUAUCAAUAUCGACAACCUUCGAUAAAAGAAUUAAACAAGGAAAAAGGUAUUUACCAAUGUUUUUUUUUCACAGGUCUUAUUUUGUUUCUUGUCUUUAAAAUCGAAAACAUUUAAUGUUUACUAUCUACAUUCCACUUUAUUUCCUUCUAUUACCUUAUACAGGCAUAUAGAGAUUUGAUUUUAAAUGCAUUCAUUGUUUGUAUUUUUAAUAAUAAUAAUGAUGAUGAUAAUGAGGUGGAGGAGGAGAAGGAGAUUUUUCUUUCUGUGGCUUUUUGUUCGUUUUCUUCAUAAGUUCUAAUCUUUCCUCUCUAUCGAUAUUGUGUGUAAAUGGGUGAAUUGUUAUAAAUGAAUGGAGUAUGGUUUUCAGUUCUGUUCCUUCUUCUUCUUCUCCUCUUUGUGGUCAUUGGUUUAUAUACAGAAAGAUGUUUUAAAAUAAUUCAUUAUUCUAGUAAUAUUACAUAUAUAUAUUGUAUUCAUAAAUUAUGGCUAAGAAAAUGUCAUAGAUAGUUUUCUUUGGUGCCUGUGUAUGUACUACUUAAUUUGACUACUAUUUAUCGACACUAUAUAUAUAUAGACAGAUAGAUAGAUAGAUUUCUUGACUUUAAUUAAUGUUUCCUUCUAUAGUUUAUUUAUAUCAUUGUUUGUUCUUGACAUUGUCAACUACAUGUCUUCUUCAUACUAUACAUAAAUAGAUAGACAGAUAAAUAGAUCAGGUUUAUGUGGAUCAAUUUCAAUUAUGUUUUCCUCUUUUGAUGUUCAUUGUUCUUUCUUUGAUUAUAACAUUGAAUUUUGAAUUUGUGCAUAAAUUGUUUAAAAUAGUGCUCAUUUGAUCUUUUAAAAAUGAAAUAAAUUAUUUUUCUCUUCGAUAGUA